UGACAGGAUAAAGUAUUUCCGCAGUCAGAGUUAGUACUUAGGUUUUGUUGCACUUAAAUUUCGAAAUUUUGUUUUGUUAUUCACAUACAAACAGUCAUGGACGAAGAUGGGUUACCAAUUGUAGGAUCUGGAGUAGAUCUGACAAAGGUUCCUGCCAUACAGCAGAAGAGAAUUGUGGCAUUUCUAAAUCAGUUCAUUGUUCAUACAGUGCGGUUUCUAAAUCGGUUUUCAACAGUUUGUGAACAGAAACUAGCAAGUAUAUCCCUCCGUAUCCAGCAAAUUGAAACCACUCUGAACAUUUUGGAAGCCAAGUUGUCAUCUAUCCCUGGUUUGGAAGAUGUAAGGGUUGAGAGUUCAAGUCAGCGACAGACUGCUGUAACAAAUGGCCCAGUAUCUGAUAUUAACCAACCAGAGAUGUCAGCAGCAGCCCCUACAGCUCAGCCACCACAAAGUACCACAGAAGUUCCAGGCCCUCAAAAAGACAACCCAGUAAUAGGAAAUGUUAUGACAGUAGCAAAAGAUCCAAGAUAUGCAAGAUAUCUCAAAAUGGUACAAGUGGGUGUUCCAGUUAUGGCAAUAAAGAACAAGAUGAUUGCGGAAGGACUAGAUCCGUCUUUGCUUGACACCCCUGAUGCCCCUGUUCCUGACAGAGGAGUUAAAGAGACCGGGGAAGAAAGCAACAGCUCUGGUAGUGAAUCUUCUUUCAGCGACUGACACGGUCGGCCAAUAAAGCUAACAGGCUUCUAGUUGCCUGCAACUCUUGGUGAUGAGACUGAUAUGAAGUGUGUAAAAUACCUAUUGAACCCAUUAUAGCAUUGUGGUAAACCUAGAAACCAUGGCAAUGGAUCUCCUUCAGCACCCCAUAAUAGACUUUCUCAACCAAAGUUUCUGAAUAUACAGAAGAAUCUGUCAUUUUGAACUCUGAUUGUUAUGGUCUUAUGGGUUGACCCUUUAGAAUAAUACCACUGUUUAUAUUUUGAAACAAACUUUGAACUGGCACUGGAGAUACCUCCUUAUCUUACGCUGUGAUGUGGUCCUGGUGAAUGUCCUUCUGCAGCUUUAUAUAUAUAGU